ACAAAAUCUCAAAUCCCAGAAAACCAGCGCUGCCAGAUAAAAAUUGGGCUCAACCUCUGGCUGUGUUUAUCGAUAUGCCCUCCCUCUAGUAUAUUUUCAGGGAUCUUUCGAUUUUCCCAACUUGGCCACACUGCGUGCCAAAGUUCAAGCAUUUAUAAGAAUUGUUCACAAAUUUAUAUAUUUUUUGCACAACAAGCUUUGAUAUUAAGAAUUCCAUGGCGACAAUGAGUUCAACGUGCCCGUUUUGCUUUGUGUGCGGCAAGAUUAAGUCCGUGGGAGUCUUUCAGUUGACUGAUGGCUGCCAAGUGCGUGGACUGGCUGGCCACGUAGAUCAAAGCCAAUAUACAUAAAUUCCAACGGAGUGGUCAACUGGAAGGCACCGGGCACACCAUGCUGCUGGGCAUUGUGUCCAGGCAGUAUCGCUUCUCGCCGCUGGUGGAUCUCAUUGCGGAGACUAACUUUGGUCAGCGCAUCCCCAGAAGCAGUGGUGGCUGCGCUUGCGUCCUCUGCUGCGAAUCCUGGGCAAGCACGACUCGGCCUACGAGGAGGAGGGUAUGUACAUCACCGUCGCGGAGGAGUGCCUGCCAAGUGGGUGGACUGGCUGGCCACGCGGAUCGAGGCCAAUAUAGACGACAACGGAGUGGUCCCCUGCAGGGCUCCAGACACGGACACGCUGCUGGGGAUUGUGUCCAUGCAGUAUCACUUCUCGCCGCUGGUGGAUCUCAUUGCGGAGACUAACUUUGGUCAGCGCAUCCCAAGGAGCAGUGGUGGCUGCGCCUGCGUCCUCUGCUGCUGGUCGUAGAGAAUUGUACUACGAAAUGGCUUUGAUUUGCUUAACUAACAUGGGCGAUAUUAUGGAACAGCAAUACAACGGAAACAAGCACUAGUUCGGUGGUAAUAAAAUCAAUUAUUAGAAGGAUAUCACACAAAAAGACAGCAAAGAGAGCGAAAUAAGAACGACGAUAACGACAGCGCCUAAAGAAAGUGCAUUUUAAUAUUAAAAUUAUUAGUUUAAAUAACAAGAAAAUAUUAUGAGGUCAAAAAAAUAGCAAGUGAAAAAGACACGCAAUUUAAACACAUAUUUUAAUCUUAAAAAUAUGAUAUAUAUUCUAUAUGAAUUUUAAGGAAAUUGUUUUGUAAUAAAUUACUUUUUUAAAGCCCUUUGCCUUGGGCUUGACUUUCUAAACAUAAGAUAUAUGUAUAUAUGUAAAAUAAGUACAAUUAGUAAACAUAUAACUAAUGAAGAAUGGACCGAUAUGUAUUGCACAUUUAACCUUUUUCAUUCAAUGUGCCUUUA